UGGAAUGGAUCGGAACCUGUAGGGAGUAAAUAGUAAAAUACGAGAAGUUAAGGGUGAACAAUGGCAACUUGUUGUUAAUAACAGAAUGUGCUUUAACAACAAAACCCUAAAAUCGUAGCUCCGAAUCCCCAUCUGUGAAUCAAAAAAUGUUUUCUUCAUCAUCAUCACCACUUCGACGGCUUGUUAAUGGAUCAUCUUCGUUAAUUACUUCAAGGAUUACCAUCUCGCAGAUGAGAUCCAAGCACACUAUCAGCCGUGCGCAUAAUGUCAGCUCUGAGAGACCGCUUAGACAAUUCGUCACUGGUAAAAGCAAAUCUGCCGGUAGAAAUUCCGCAGGUCGUAUAACAAUUUGGCACCGAGGUGGUGGAGCAAAAAGGUUACAAAGAACAGUUGAUCUAAAAAGAAACACUUCAUCUGUCGGGGUUGUCGAACGAAUUGAAUACGACCCAAAUCGCACUUCUCGUAUUGCUGUAGUCCGAUGGGUGGAGGGUGCAGAGAUUGACCGCCACAAGAAAGUCAACACCGUUGAAGACCUUGCACCACCCACCCGUAAGUUCACACCUACCAUGACAGUUCAAGGUCAAUUCGCAUUCUCUUCUCUACCUGCGAUGCAAGAAGAAAGAAAGGUUGUUCCUUUUGGGCCUAAAACCGAUCAUGUCUAUGUUGGGCUUCCUAACGGGUCAAAAAGCCCGUUUACUAGUAAAACCACACCCAUAGGAACCCAAAUGACGAACGUGCGGGAUGUAUUUUUAUCUGCGUUUUCUUCUUCAAAAGUUGAUAAAACGUCUUAUUCCUUUGUGAACACUUUGGGCUUACCGAGAAUGGCAGUAGCAGGAGCAAGGCCUGAAUUCUUUGUUCCGAGAUCGAAAGAUGAUGUUAACGAUAACGAAAGUCUGUCACUUAACGAGAUCAAAAAGUGGGACAAGGAUAGCGUCUCGUGGGCCCAUAAGAUGAAGCAUAAAGCAGCGGUUUCUUGGCAGAGUGUUAGGGGACAUGCGAAGUCAGGUCUUAUUGAACUAGCGGGACAAAAGGGGUCGAAAUUGAACUCGAAAACGAUAGACAAACAGAAAAGAGAUGGGAAGUUGACUGAAGAUUUUGCGCCUGUAAGUUAUAUAUUAGCCACCCAGAAAAUGGAAGCUGGGAAGAUGGUGAUGAAUCGUGAUUCGUCUAAACGUGCAAAUGAUGAAUUGCUUAAUAGAUAUUGAUAAUGAAGACAGGUUAUGUUUCAAAUAUGUUGAACUUUGUUGUGAUGAGUCAGCUUCAUAGAUUCAAGAUAAAUUCUGCUUUAGUAUUUUGUAGUACUUUUUAUGAGCAUUACAUGCUUUUUUUUAGUUUUCUGAAAUGUUUUGGGUGUGCCCAAGUAGGUAUAAUGCACAACAAUGAUCUUAUCUGUUGGCAAAAUCUUUGUUGAACUAUCUUUUGGUUAUAAAGGACUAAUCUUUUGUUUA